AUGAAUCUUCGUGAGGUCUUGAAGAAGUCUGGCCGUAACAUUGGUAUUAAACUCCCUGCCGUUAGGUCUUAUUCAAAGCAGCUAUUCAUUGCCCUUAAACAUCUGAAGAGUUGUGGGGUUCUUCACUGCGAUAUUAAACCUGACAACAUGCUUGUUAAUGAGAACAAAUACGUGUUAAAGCUUUAUGACUUUGGCAAUGCAGUGUUUGCUGGAAAAAACGAAGUUACACCAUAUCUCAUUAGUCGCUUUUACAGAUCCCCUGAAAUCAUUCUGGGGCUCGCCUAUGACCAUCCGCUGGAUAUAUGGUCGGUUUGA